CAAUGAACAAAUAAAAAAAUCAUCCUUAAGCUAAAUGCAGUAGCUGCACCCAAACGGGAAUGGACCAAAGAUAGACGCGUUGAUCGCACCAACAGACGAUUAACUCGUGUGCCAGAUAAGAGUGGGAGAGAAGUGUAGGGAAACUGAAAGUCACUGUACAAAAGCCUAUGGCUGAUACAAAAUGCUAGUCUCUUGUUAUUGUUGUCAUUGCCUCAAGUAAUGCAGUGCAAACGAGUAUUCGUAAACAAAGCAUAGAAGACUGAACUUGUGAUUUAGCAAUUUGGUUGUCUACGCCGUGCUCCCCUGCUGGUCAUUUUGUGUGAUAUUACGCACUGUUAAGACAACUGCAUUUGUGGGAUACAUAUUUUAGUUGAACUUACGUUACAACUUUUUUAGAUUCACAUCAUCAAGUUACGCACUGCCAUUACUACUAGAGAUCUUAGCGGUAUAAAAAAUAUAGCGUAUUCGAUUAGUCCUGCAACAAAUACAAAAGCAGAUCGGCAUUAGCACAGUCUGCGUCCACAAUAAAAUUAAAAUAAAUAGUAAUUACUAUAAACAUAUAUUUAAGAACUUGCAAUCCACAUUGGGUAGCAUUGUUGUUAAAAGAAAAAAAUUAACGCAACGAGUGAAGCAUACAAAAUUUCAGUUUGUAAGUUUACCAAAUACUUUUGAGGGUAAAGCGCAUAAAGGUAUACCAAGCACAAUAAUGUCAAAUAACUAUCAGCACCACAACAAUUAUCGCGGCUCAAGCACAUCACAACAGAUGAAUGGUCUACGGCCACAUCACCUGCAGAACGGUGAUUGUGGCGACGAUGGUGAUUGCUAUCGCCGCGGUGGUGGCUCAAAUCGCCUCACAAAUGGUUAUAGUGUGAAGCCGUUGGACAAUGUGGCGGUGCCUGACAUGUGCAUAUUUUGUUUUGAGGUGCUUGACUGUGAGCUGAACAAUGUAGAAGCGCCUGGUACGCCCAAAUUCACAAAUGAUGCUUACCCAUUAUUUGUAACUUGGAAAACAGGGCGUGAUAAGCGAUUACGUGGUUGUAUUGGUACGUUCAGUGCCAUGCAUUUGCACAAUGGACUUCGUGAAUAUGCAUUAACGAGUGCUUUAAAGGAUUCGCGCUUUGCGCCCAUCGCUCGGGAAGAGCUACCCAAAUUGACUGUGUCGGUGUCGAUAUUGCAAAAUUUCGAAGAAGCACACGGGUAUCUCGACUGGACAUUAGGCGUACAUGGCAUACGUAUUGAAUUUUUGAAUGAACGUGGUUACAAAAGGACUGCUACUUAUUUGCCACAAGUGGCUACUGAACAAGGUUGGGAUCAAACCCAAACUAUAGACUCUCUACUCAGGAAGGGGGGCUACCGUGCAGCAAUCACCCCGGAAACUCGAAAAUCAAUCAAAUUGACGCGUUACCGUUCGCAAGAAAUUCAAAUGAACUAUAAAGAGUAUCGUGAAGUGUUGGAACGUCGGGCGCAAUAUGGCAAAGUACAAUGCUAACAAACACCGAAAAUGCGUUUCAAACAACACCAGCAAAUCUUAAUGCAGCAACAGAAACAAUUUCAGUUACAACAACAACAAAAACAGACUACAAA